AUGUCUGCCAAAGUGACCGCCACCGGCCCUCUGGGCGAGGGCGAGGCUCGCUGGAUCAAGCUCAUCAAGAUCAACUACGACGACCAGAACGGUAACGCUCGCACCUGGGAAUCCGCCGAGCGCCGCACCCGCCCCAAGAACGGCGAGAUUGACGGCGUCGGCAUUGUCGCCAUCCUCGAGAAGCCCACCGGCCCCGAAAUCAUCCUCCAGAAACAGUACCGUCCGCCCAUUGACAAGAUCUGCAUCGAAGUCCCUGCGGGACUCGUCGACGAGGGUGAGACGGCCGAGCAGGCUGCCGUCCGCGAGCUCAAGGAAGAGACUGGAUACGUUGGCAAGGUGUCUGAGACCACGCCGAUCAUGUUUAAUGACCCCGGCUUCUGCAACACCAAUCUCCGCAUGAUCCAUGUCACCAUCAACACCUCCCUCCCCGAGAACCAAAACCCGAAGGCUGAGCUGGAAGAAGGAGAAUUCAUCGAGGUCUUCACCGUGCCGUUGUCGAACUUCUGGGCAGAGUGUGUUCGUCUGGAGAAGGAAGGCUACGCCAUCGACGCUCGCGUGGGGACCAUUGCCGAAGGCAUCGAAUUAGCAAAGAAAUUCAAGCUAUGA